CUUAAGACCAAAACUUAUCCUCAAUACCAACCAACUCCGGCACGAAAGUACAACGUAUCUUGAAAUAAACUCCGCUUCAAUCCAGCCUAUUACACAUCGAACCCAUAAGCAUACCUAUCUACAUAUAUGCGAUCAACGACUGCCCCUUAAUGAACGCGCACGCCCUCCUAACCGCCCAAGGGUGGCGGGGCACCGGGCACUCGUUACAUCCAACAAGCGACGACACAGGGCUGAAGCACCACUUGCUGAUCAAGCGCAACGAAGAAGGGCGCGGGCUCGGAAGCAAGAAGGACCAUAAACAAGAAGCAUGGUGGCUAAACGCCUUCGACCAGGCCCUCAAGGGCAUCGAUACGAAGAGCGGGACCAUGAAGCAGACGCUGCGCGGCGGCGCGCUCGAGAAGAUCACAGCGAAGGGCGCUGGGAAGUAUACCGGCACGAGAGGGCUUUACUCGUCGUUUGUGAAGGGGGGUAUGAUGGAGGGGACCGUCGGAGUGAGCUUGGUGACGGGCUUGCCCACGCCGCCGGAGAGUGGGGUGGGUACGCCGGUUGCGAGCAGCGCAAAUGACGCGGACGAGGACGAGAAAGAGGGAGGAAAGGAGACGAAAGAGGAACGCAAGGCUAGAAGAGAGGCGAAGAGGUUGAGGAAGGUGGAGAAGCAGGCGAGGAAAGAGGCGGAGGAACGGGCUGCGAGGAAGGUCGAAAAGAAGAAGGCGAAGAAGGCCGAGCGGCAACGGGUUAAGGCGGGGGAGACUAAGGAGGAGCGGCGCGCGAGGAGGGACGCGAGGAGGAAAAGGAAAGAGGAGAAGAGGAGGUUGAAGGCAAAGUCCGGUGGAUGAGAAGGCCUCGGCAGCUACGGAUACGUUUACACAAGAUCUAUCUACCAUCCUAGUCUUCCAUGGAAGACUUUCGUGGAAAACGUCGUUGCCGAAGUCUUCAAACCCUACGAACUCCUCUGCGCUUCAUAAGGCAGGGUGCGGUAUAUGGACUGAACAACAAAAUGACGAGAAAUCUAAGUGGAAGGCUAUAUAGGCUGGAGUUUACUUGGGUCGCUGUUCACCACAGGGAAUGAGCAGUUCGCUCA